UUCUCCUCCUCCUCCUCUCAGUUCUCCAGACCCGCUUCAUUGAGGAACCCGAGGACCAGACAGUCGUCGCGGGGCAGAGGGUGGUGCUGUCCUGCGUGGUGCUGAACUACUCCGGGAUUGUGCAGUGGACCAAAGAUGGCCUGGCGCUGGGAAUGGGACAAGGCCUCAGAGCCUGGCCACGCUACCGGAUCAUCGGGGCUACGGAUUCCGGCCAGUUCAACCUGGAGAUCACUGAUGCGGAGCUCUCCGACGAUGCCUUAUAUGAGUGCCAGGCCACAGAGGCUGCCCUGCGAUCGCGGCGUGCCAAGCUGACAGUCCUCAUUCCCCCCGAAGACCCUGUGAUUGACGGGGCCCCCGAGAUCCUGCUCCGUGCAGGCACACCGCACAACCUCACCUGCCGGGCGCAAAACGCCAAGCCCGCAGCCUCGAUCGUCUGGUUCCGCGAUGGGUUGCCGCAGUCCGAAGCUGCCACCGCCACGGAGGUCCUGAUGGAUGGAAAGAGAGAGACCACCAUUAGCCACCUGCUCAUCACGCCCACCGACCUGGACAUCGGGCGAGUCUACGUGUGCCGUUGCAGCAACGAUGCCAUCCCUGCGGGCAAGGAGGCCUCCAUCAAGCUGAAUGUUCACCACCCUCCGACGGUGACGCUGUCCAUCCAGCCGCAGACGGUGCAGGAAGGCGAACGAGUCACCUUCACCUGCUUGGCCAACGCCAAUCCGGAGAUCAAAGGCUACAGGUGGGCCAAAGGCGGAACGAUUAUUGAGGACGCCAAGGAGAACAAAUAUGAGACGCAGGUGGAUUACACCUUCUUUACGGAGCCUGUCUCUUGCGAAGUGCGCAACGACGUGGGCAGCACCAACGUCAGCACUCUGGUGGACGUCCAUUUCGCUCCUCGGAUCGUGGUGGAUCCAAAGCCCACGACUACUGACAUCGGCUCGGACGUCACCCUCACCUGCGUGUGGACCGGGAACCCCCCCCUCACCCUCACCUGGGCCAGGAAGGAAUCCAACAUGAUACUCAGCAACAGCAACCAGCUGUACCUGAAGUCCGUCACGCAGGCAGACGCGGGGCUGUACGUCUGCAAGGCCAUCGUGCCGCGGAUCGGGGUGGGUGAGCGCGAAGUGGCCCUUUUUGUCAACGGUCCUCCUAUCAUUUCCAGCGAUUCGGUCCAGUAUGCCGUGCGGGGCGACCGAGGGAAAGUGGAAUGCUUCAUCGGGAGCACCCCCCUCCCCGACCGAAUAGCGUGGGGCUGGAAGGAGAACAUCUUGGAGGCCGGCACGCUGGAGCGCUACACCGUCGAGCGGAGCAACACCGGGGACGGGGUGCUCUCCACGCUCACCAUCAACAACGUGAUGGAGGUGGACUUCCAGACACGCUACAACUGCACCGCCUGGAACGCCUUCGGGCCGCGGACGGCCAUCAUCCAGCUGGAGGAGAAAGAGGUUUUGCCAGUGGGCAUAAUUGCUGGUGCCACCAUUGGAGCUGGUAUUUUGCUCAUCUUCUGCUUCCUCGCGCUGGGCUGUUUCCUGUACCGACGGCGCAAAGGGAGCCGAAAAGAUGUGACCCUGCGCAAGUUGGACAUCAAAGUGGAGACGGUGAACCGGGAGCCCCUGACGCUGCACACGGACCGGGAGGAGGACACGGCCAGUGUCUCCACUGCAGCGCGCGUCAUGAAAGCCAUUUACUCGUCAUUCAAGGACGACGUGGACCUGAAGCAGGACUUGCGUUGUGACACCGUUGACACGCGGGAAGAGUACGAGCUGAAGGAUCCAACCAAUGGCUACUACAACGUUCGUGCCCAUGAGGACAGGCCGUCCUCCCGUACGGUGCUCUACACGGACUACCGUGCCCCCGGCCCGGCUCGGUACGACGCUCGACCGUCUUCGCGCCUCUCCCACUCCAGCGGCUAUGCCCAGCUCAGCACCUACAGCCGCGGCCCGGCCUCCGAGUACAGCGGUGACCCGGUCCCGGGACCCACGCCGGGCACGACCACUGCCGACACGGCUAGCCAGCUGUCCUAUGAAAACUACGGGGGGCACGCAGGCUUCCCGCCGAGUGCCGGCUAUGCCACCUACCGCCUGGGCUACACCCAGCCUCCGCCACCCGCCCUGGACCGGGCAGCCUACGACACGUAUGACCCCCUGGGAAAGUACACCACGGCAACCCGCUUUUCGUACACCUCCUCGGACUACGGGCAGCGUUUCCAGCAGCGUAUGCAGACUCAUGUCUGAACUGGGAGUUACGUCCUGGUGGGGUGCAGGUACCUCAUGACUGUCCCCUGAUAUUCAGGGGGCUCUUCCCCCCUCCCUGGCCUCUCUCCAGGCUGGACUCACAUUCCAUGCAGCGUGGCACCUCCUCCCCCACUGAGGACAACACAGUGGCACCUGUCCCGCUGUUCUUGCGUGGUUUCUUCCUUGCUGCUUUAACUCUCCGGGGGUUCCUUUGCGAGGGUCCAGUUUCUCCAGGCGCCCUUCCACAAAAGGGUCCCCCUUUCCUCUUUGUGAAAGACAGAUACGGGAGGGGGCAGUGGCGCCAAUCCAGAGAGUGGGGCAGCCACAGAGCAGUGAUUUUCUCCAUCCUGCCUCUUUUGAAACUCCUGUUCCAUUUGACCGAAAGAAGAGGCACCCGUUGGCAGGAUCAGACAAAAGCAGCGGGCGACGUCCCACACAGGGCACUGGUGGGCCAACCCAAUUUGGCAUCGUGAGGCCUAGGGCUGGGGGUAGCUGCCAAGUGGGGGUAUCUGUCGGCUUUUAGCCCUGUCUCUCCCUGGACAAGCCAGGGUCAGGACUGCCUCUGGUACAAUGGCGUGCGUCCUUAAAACCACCCUUAAGAGCUGGUUCGCAAAUGGGGCUGGGAAUUAUUGAACUUGAAGUCCGUACACCUCGCAGAGCCCCUGCUGCUGAAGGCGGAUGGAGAGAAAAUUCUGCCCAUCUCAGCCACCACUGAGCAUUGGGCAAAUUUUGGUACGAAAUGGACUCCUGGGGGGGUGUUUCUCUCCCCUCCCCCUUUCUGGAAGGUGUUAAUGAAACCUGCCCCCCAAGGGGGUCCUGGAUGGAGCAGUUGUGGGAGCGCAGGGCAGGAAGGGAGGGGGAAUCCUGGAGGUUGCUCUCAGGUGCCCCCCCGCCCACAGAAGGGCCACUCAGGACCAACCAAGCCUGCCUGCCAGGCCAUAACCGAGGGCCUCUUCUGGAGCCGGAAAUGGAGGCUAAAGAGCUGCAGGACGUGGCACUGUGGGUCCCCCGCAAAGCUUCUGCCAUGGUAGCCGCCCUGGAGGAAGCCUCUUCUGCCCCCACCCCCACCCUGGGGGGCUUGCUUGAGCCCCCUCCGCCGCCGUCGCCGCCUGGCUCUCCUCUCUCAGGCGCAGCCCUGCUGCAGGACUGGCUGGGAGGGCUGGCGGUGCCGGAGACCAGUCCUUCGGAAGGCUUGUGCCGGACACACUGUCCGUCUGCCCCGGCCCCCCAGCCGCAUCCUGAGGGGCCAUACCUUACAGGACCCCUUCCCCUCCGUCUGGGAAUGAGCUCUGCCCCCCCAGGAGGAAGGUAAGCCCACAUUCAGGGCUUCUCUCUCUCUCUGAAGGCUCCGCCUGGGCCCCCAACCGUCGGCCUUUUGCAGAGGGUUGGGUGAAAGCAUCCUGUGGUCUGUUGUGUGUCUGUGCAGAUGUUCCCCGCACUGUUGUGUCCUCCUUGCUAGGGACUGACUGUAAGCGCUUCGGUCUCCUGUGCCUUAAAACGCUUGCUCUGGUGGGUCCGCUAAGAAGGUAGAGCAAAGUCGGGGGGCAGUUUGCUGGCUCAGAGGUGCCCCAGCCCGUCAACCGGAAGAGAGAGGCGAGACUUGGCUUCUAGGAUGCACCAGAUCCCCCCCACAAGCCCCCAACUUCCUAGCCCCCCUUGGCACGGUUCAUAUCUCAGGUGUACAUCGGGCCGUGCAAGAUGCACAACUGGGAAUCACUCCCCCCCCUUACAUAACGGUACCUGCUUCCUUUGCAUGCCACUUUUCUGGUACUCGAACAGAGCCCUGGGGGACUGCCCUCUGCACAUGACUGGGAACUGCUCUCUUAAGAAGGUGCAUUGAGGCAGCGCCAUCUUCUGGCUGACUCCAGGAAGCGUCCUCUCCUUCUGCAGCUUGGUGGGUGUUGGUGCUAUCUGGGGCCCGCUUCAUGCUUCCUGUCUCCACGACUGGGCUGGGGCUGGAAGAUCCCGAGGAGGCCUUCCAUUGAUUUACGGGCACUUUCCAAGGGGUGUUUCCAAGGGGUGCCACCUUCUCAGACUGCCCGGUGUCUUCCUUCGGAGACACCUUCGGCUCGGCUGCUCUUGGGGAACCAAGAGAGGUGACUUUGGUGGUUCAGGGUGCAAAGCCAGCUGAAGCUACUGAGAUCACGUUGCAUUUCUCCCUUCUCUCUUGGAGAGGGCAAGAGAGCCCAAAGGUCUGUCUCACUUUGCAAAUUGCUGAAUGCCAAGUGGGCACUUGACCAAUCUGCCCCACAGGGCCCACCUCCCUUUUUCCACCAGUGAUGCUGGGACUGGAGCUUCUGCAGAACCUGCCCUCUGCUCGCCACCCUCAUACCGCAAGCACGAAGCGAGGAAACGGGGUGAGUUGAAGAGGAACCGUGCCCUGCACCAGAAGCAGCAGCUCAGGGCCACCUUGGCCCACCAGGUCUAGCCCCACGGCUGCAUUCACACAGCACGCGACGCCCUUAGCCUCGUCCUGAAUGAGCCCAUUUCCUGAGUCAUUACGAAAUGCCCAGGGUCAUGCAGCUUGCUUGGCGGCGAAAAAGCAAAUCCGGCUUCAUGUUAGCCAAGCUUGCGUGUUAUGUGAAGGCGUCUGCUGGAACCUCAGCUGACCUGGCCACGCGGUUAGGCGGACGCAGGCAGUCUCAGCCUCCAGUCAGCAAGAGACGCCGUUUCCCUUCCUCCCCACUCCCCAGUGAACAUCCAGAAUUUGAGCAAUAACUAAUUCCAACCCCGAAACGCGCUUCACGACCAGAGCGCCCAGCCAUCUGACUUCUCGCGGGUCUUUGGGCACCGGGUGAUAACGCGGGGAGAUGGCACCCCGGUGUGUUUUUGAUUUCUCUCCCUGGAGACCUACAUUUGUGACUGUUUCACCACUUCUUCCCCCCCCCAUUCUUUUUUAAAAAAUUGGUUUCCUUUUCUCAUUCUUUUAAAAAAAUAUUAUGUACUAUAUUUUUAGUCUUA